CUUCCGGGGCCCUGCGGAACAAGUGCGCCUGCGCGCCGUGGGCGCCGGCCCGGAACGCGACUCGCCGUGAGCCAAUGAAAAGGCAGCGCCUCUCCAGCCCAGGCCAAUCAGCUUUCGGAGCAGAGAGUUUAACUCCUAUUUAAAAUGACUCUUUGAAUCCUAACGGCUGGGCUCUCGGGAGGACUCGGUGGCCGUGGGUCGGAGGCAUCAUGGACAAAUCUAAAGAAAACUGCAUCCCAGGGCCUGUUAAGACUUCGGUCCCACCUGGAGAUGGCCCAAAGCGUGUUCCGAUGGCUCAGCAUCCCUUAUCUGCAAAGAGCGGCCAGGCUCAGCGGGUCUUGUGUCCUUCAAAUCCCGCCCAGCGAGGUCCUACGCAAGCGCAAAAGCUCGUCUCUGGCCACAGACCGGCUCAGAAUCUGAAGCAGAAGCAGUCGCAGGCGACCAGCGUCCCUCGUCCUGUCUGCAGGCCACCGAAUAAUGCUCAAAAGAGUGACCAGCCGCAGCCACCAGCCCCUGGAAAUAAUUCUGAAAAGGAACUGGCAUCAAAACAGAAAAACGAAGAAUCAAAAAAAAGGCAGUGGGCUCUGGAAGAUUUUGAAAUUGGUCGCCCGCUGGGUAAAGGGAAGUUCGGUAAUGUUUACUUGGCGAGAGAAAAGCAAAGCAAGUUCAUCCUGGCUCUGAAGGUCUUGUUCAAAGCCCAGCUGGAGAAGGCAGGAGUUGAGCAUCAGCUGAGAAGGGAAGUGGAGAUCCAGUCUCACCUUAGGCAUCCAAAUAUUCUCAGGCUGUAUGGUUAUUUCCAUGACGCCACCCGCGUUUACCUCAUUCUAGAAUACGCACCCCUUGGAGCUGUCUAUAGGGAACUUCAGAAACUGUCCAGGUUCGACGAGCAGAGAACUGCCACUUAUAUCACAGAAUUGGCGAAUGCCUUGUCUUACUGUCAUUCAAAGAGAGUUAUUCAUAGAGACAUUAAGCCAGAGAAUCUGCUCCUGGGAUCGGCAGGAGAGCUGAAGAUUGCGGAUUUCGGGUGGUCCGUACAUGCCCCUUCCUCCAGGAGAACCACCCUGUGCGGCACCCUGGAUUACCUGCCCCCCGAGAUGAUCGAGGGCCGGAUGCACGACGAGAAGGUGGACCUCUGGAGCCUUGGAGUCCUCUGCUAUGAAUUUUUAGUUGGGAAGCCUCCUUUUGAGGCAAGCACCUACCAAGAGACCUAUAAAAGAAUAUCACGGGUUGAAUUCACAUUCCCUGACUUUGUACCAGAGGGAGCCAGGGACCUCAUUUCAAGACUGUUGAAGCAUAAUCCCAGCCAGAGGCCGACCCUGAAGGAAGUGCUUGAACACCCCUGGAUCACUGCGAAUUCCUCAAAGCCAUCCAGUAGCCAACAGAACAAAGAGUCAAGCAGCAAGCAGUCUUAAGACUUUUGCAGGGGAGAACCCGUGAGCCAGGGCUCCGGGGUAAUCGGUCAGAAUCAGGCUCCUGACUGACAUCUUACCGCCAGCAGCUGCCUGCCUGCCUGCCUGCCAUCCGGAGCGCUGCAGAAAAUGUGUUUUUGGUUUUUUUUACUGGGCGUACCUCCUCAUUCAGAAAGAUCCACUUCAAUAAACAGGACACUCUGAAGUGAAAGUAGCCAUGAGAAUCGUGUUAACUUCUCUGGUUUGUAACUGGAGGCAGGGUUCAAGUGCAGCCGCUCUGCAGCCUGUUUGGGGUAAGGCGUCCUGGCGGAAGGUGAACUUGGAGCCGACCGGGCUGAGUGGCCCCUUCGCCCAGGAGCUGUGCAAUAACCUUCCAAGUGCCCGAGUGCGUGUGUAACUUAUUGGGUGGCCACGCCUGGUAGAGCUGUCAGAACGCGAAUGUGCUUCUUUUAAAUGUUAAAAUAAAGAUGUGUGUAUAGACUUGACUUCCACGGCGUCCCUCAGGAGUGCUGCGUCUGUCCAUCACCCGUUAAGCCUCGUUAGCUCAUCAUCCUCGACCACUUAUCUCCUGCCCGGGACUUCUGUGAAGCAGGGACGGGUGCUCUACCUCCAUCGUGGGACUUGCUUGGGACACGUGAGACGUGUGUCUCAGCUGCUUCUAAACGUUAAGGGCUUUUAAAAACCGGGUUUGAUGGUUUAUAUAUUGUUUUUAUAAAUACAUGAAGACAUACAAGAUGA